AUGAAGAAACAAGCACAUGGUCACUUCCGAGAUGAUUGCUGGGAACUUAUAUUCCAAAAAUUUAGAGAUGACGAUGAGUGUGCCUUGGGUUCGAUAUCGCUGGUCUCGAAGCGGUUCCUGUCGAUAUCUAACCGGGCAAAGCUUAGCUUGAACGUAAACGACGGGACGCUCCCUCUACUCCCCAAUCUUCUUCGAAGAUUUCUACACAUCGGAACAAUAGUCGUCAACACUAAUGCACACAAGGACAUAGACGGACUCCUUGAUCAGAUUUCACGGUCUGGUGCACUGAAUCUCCAAGCCAUAAAGUUUCGUUCGCGUUUGGCAAAACUUCCGCGAGAUGGUUUGAAGGCACUGGCGUUGAAUAAGAAUAUAAAGAACAAUCUGAAGGUAUUGGAUUGCUCUCGACUGAUCCUUAUGCAAGACAGCGAUUUGGUUUUGAUAGCAGAUCUUUUUCCAUGGCUAGAGGAACUCAAGAUUAGGGCGUACAAGAAAAUAACCAAUGAUGAUGCUACGGCAGGUAUUACAGAUGAUGGUGUUGAUGCAUUGGCAUCGAAGCUUAAGGAUUUGAAGGAGUUUGUGUUUACAGGUAAUGCAUGUUUCAUUACUGAUCAAUCACUUAUUUCUCUAUCCACAAAUUGUGUGAAACUGAAGACAAUUAGUCUUGACAUAAGCAGGAGCGGUCGACAUUAUGUGACCGGGGAAGGAAUUGAUUUUGUGAUGCGGCAUAGCCCCAAUUUGACCUCUCUCUCGCUAAAUUUGUGGUCGUUACAACCUUCUGCAUCCUCUUUCAAGAUUGAAAAAGCAUACGCCAUUGCCAAAAAUCUGCAUUCUCUCACCAUGAGUCAACAACUUUUUUCGGAGAAGCAUAUAUGUUUAGUCACGAAAGCAUGUCCUCCAUUAAAGAAGCUCAGGCUCUUUGGUUCCGGGGGUCAGUAUUUUGAAAUACAUGGUGCAUUAAAAUUGCUUUUGCAGGCAUGUCAGUUGACAUUGGAAGAGCUAACCCUAGGAAGUUGGUCCCUCACAAACACAGGUAUAAGCGAUUUGGCUCAGCAUCUCUCAAAUCUUACUUUCAUAGAUCUUCAUGAAUGUUCUGGGUUGACUAGUGCCACCUUUUACACCCUCAUGAAAAGUUGUCCUUUACUUGAAACACUUAAGAUGGCAGAUAUGAAAGGACAAGAGAUAGAUCUUUUCUUCCCGGACUUUUUACAUAAAAACUACCAUAUGCGACACCUUGAUAUCUCCGGAAAUUGGCGGUUGACUAAUAUGAUGCUCAAGAACUUUGGGCAAGUUUGUCCGAAUCUACAAUUCCUCGACGUAAGUAAUUGUAUGAGCCUCACCGAUUUCGGCAUUGGAAAAGUUUUGAGAGUAUGCCCUGCCAUAACACAACUGAAUAUGAAUCAUCUUAAGGUUUCCGGUGUUUUCGGGAGAUAUAUUUUUGACCACUUUACCAUAAAUUUGAAGACUAUGAAAGCUCGUUGGUCACAAAUUGAUGACAAUGGAAUGACAAUGAUUGGAAAAAGAUGUCGAAAUCUCCAAUAUUUGGACAUCGGAUUCUGCGAAAAAGUGACAGAUAAAGGGGUAAUGGAGGUGGUGAGGAACUGUGAACGACUGAGGUAUAUAACUCUAAUUGGGUGUAAAAAAGUGAGCACCGAUAUUUUACCUCAGAUGGUGUCGUCAAGGCCCUCCCUUAGGAACAUUGAUCCUCCAGGUUUCUAUGAUCUCAGUGAACAGAUGAAAAAGAAACUCUUGUCCUUCGGCUGCCGGCUUAGGGUACCUCCUGAUUAG